CUAAAAACCAAAUCUUGCAAUGUUCCCGAGAAAGUCUCAAGGGGGGUUGAAGGAAAUUCAAGGAAAUACUCAGAAACACCAGCGAACAUAGCAACUCUCGUUAAUAAUUAUUUUACAUCCAUCUUCACCAAUGAUCCAGAUACUUCUAUAGAUCCGUCCACGAUCGGUGAUAACAUUUCCUUGUUGGAGGAUGUUGUUUUAACACCUGGCGACGUAGCUAAUGGACUAAGAACUCUUGAUAAGGACAAGGCUCAUGGCCCAGAUGGGAUUCCUGCUCGUUUACUAACAGAAACUGCAUCUCAAAUAGCUCCAUCUCUAUGUCAAUUGUUUAACAAAUCGUUGCGUAUCGGCGUGGUACCAUUUGAUUGGAAACUCGCUAAUGUUGUUCCUGCUCAUAAAAAAGGAGACCAGGAAUUUGUGGAAAAUAAUCGACCUAUAUCUCUGCUCUCUCUGGUUUCGAAAAUUCUGGAACGCUGUGUCUUCAAUACUAUUAAAGAUCAUAUUUUCUGUCGAAUAAAUCCUUGUCAACAUGGUUUCCUUCCCGGGAAAAACUGUGUGACCCAACUUAUCGAAGUUUUUGACAAGAUAGGAAAACAACUAGAUCGUGGCAAACAGAUCGAUGUAAUUUAUUUAGAUAUGUCAAAGGCUUUUGACAAAGUUAGCCAUAAACGUCUUCUUUUUCGUCUCCGUGAAUUUGGUUUUGGAGGCAACAUUCUCAACUGGUUCCGACCUACAAGAUCGUCGUCAACAAACAACCAUCCUCGGUGCAACAUCUUUACCUAG